AAGUGAUAAGGGAAGAGGAAAUGUUCUCAAGUGGCACCAGGGAAGGUUUUCAUUUGAUGUUAUAAGAAACUUCUUCAUCUAAAGGGUUCUGAAAUGCUGGCUCCACAGCUCCAUGCCUUGCAAGAGAGAAGUGUUUGCAUUUACCAGAUGCUUUGCAGCAGUGACAGAAAUCUCCAGAACCAGGAUUCUGUGCAGACUUGUUUCAGUGUCUUGUCUUCAUUGAGACUGACUAUGCAAGUGGCUCUGCCUCAGGAGAACUUGUGCUGGCUCAUCUACAACGGUACUAUUCAUCUUUACACCAUAUGCAGACAUUUGAUGACGAGAGGUCAAUCUGCUCAGGUCCUGGAAUACUUGCUGUGGGCCAGUAUAUGUAUGGAAUCAUCCAUCCCACUCUUAUCUGUACACUAUUUGACCUGGAGAGCCACCCUGUAUGCUGCAGUUUCUCAGUGUUAUUUUGACUGCCAAGCCAGCAUUCAUGGAGAGGUGUUUGCUCGCCGUGGUUUGAUCAAAAUCGAUGAGCUGAAGCAGUUAGAAAGCAUCAGCUCUUCACCAGCAAAUUCAAGGACAAAGAAGAUUUUUAGAGAGGCAACUCUAAAGAUGUCAGUAAUGGUUUUCAAGAGAGCAGUGUUUGAACCUAGAAGAAAGCCAAUCCAUCGACCCAAGUUAAGAGUUACCCUGAAAGAAGCCCAAAGUGUGCCAAGGCCCUGCUCUGUGACCAAACAGCUGCUGACAGAAAUGUUUGAUGGUGUGGCAGCUCAGUUCCUUGCCAUCCUAGAAGCUCUGUCUGAUAGUAGCAGGAGUCUCUUGCAGCCUUCCUCAUCUCUUCCUGAUGAAAGAGAAAUUCAUGAUGUCCUCUCAGAACUUUUUGUUGCAGGGCUGGAAAUCCUCUCAGGUGGAGUGAGCAGUCCAGGUACUCUUGGAAGUCAUCGCACCGCUUGCUUUCCUGUCAUUAAUGCAACUUCAACCCUUCUACAGUUGACACUAAGAGGAGAAGAUGAAGUGUCUGGAGAUGCUGCUGUGAAAUUCAUUAAAUUAGCCUUCAGUUAUGAGGAGUGGGAUGUGUUUGAUUCUGCUCUGGAAUUGGUUGAUAAUUUUCUUCAGGCUCAAGGUGAUCCAAUAUGGAAGAAAGCUGAAAUGGAACUCCAACUUCUCAAACUGAUGCGACCUUUACUCCUUCCAAGGCAAUUGAAACGUAAUGUUGCUGUCAGUGAGAAGAGUAGCAAAAAAGCUAAGAUGCCUCAUGGUUCUGAAAAGAAGCAAGAAGUUAGAAAUGAUUCCUUAAAGCAGGGAGAGCCUUCUCAAGAUCUUAUUGUUUUGGCAACAGCAGUGUUUUCCUGUGUCUCCAUACCUCAGGAGAGCAUCCAACCUGACAAAGAACUACUUGUUGAUGUCAUAAUGUUUUUGUGGCAGAAGUGUAAGAAAGGACUUGGGAAAAUCCAAACGAGUGGAAGUGACUGCUUGAAAUCUCUCCACAAAUACAAAGCUUACCAGUGGGUUCACAUACUCUGGUUAAUAAAUGAAGCAGUUCAGAAGAGCAGCAUAGCAGCCAGUAAUGUUGUAAUGCUUGCAGAGGUCACCUUGUGUCUAACUGCAAUAUUGGAGAAUGUUGCUCUUUCCACAAGUAAACUGAAGGAAAAAGCAGGAAAAGGGAGUGCUUACAUCUGGCAAGAUCAAACCUGUGAUGUGCCUGAAAUACUGAUGAAAAGUCCUCCAGAGCAACUGCAACUUGCUUAUGAAAGUCUGGACAAAGCAAUUGAUGCAAUGAACACCUCUCGCCUCCUGACCCAAAGGCCAGGUGAAAAGUCAAUCCUUGACAGCUGCUGUACGAAGGUGGACUCAGCUGAUUUGAACUCUGGUUUGGGAUGUGCUAAUGAUAAGACAGAACCAGAUGAUGGAUUUGUAAUGGAUUUACACUUGGAGCUCAUUCAGGCUCAACAUCGAGUAGCUGUGAAACUUCUUAAGAUGGCACAAGCUGCUCCAGAGGAGACCACAGGCCCUAAGUCUGGCAAGCCUCACGUGAAUGUUAAAGCUUCUCAUUAUCUGACAGAGGGAUUUAUCAUGGGAAAAAUUAAAAAGAACAAACUCUCCAGAGCACUCUUUCUGAUGCAAAAGGCUGCACUGAAGUACCCUGAAGAGCUAACCACCUUGUCCCAAAGGCAGCUGCUGAAGGAAGCACUGACCUUAGUUGAGCAGGUUGAAGCUGACCAAAAAGCACUGUAUCACAGCUUGAAAGAGGCUAUGAACAGCAAGACAAAAAGCAAGACUCCUCCUCCUCCUCUGUUGCUUUCUAGAUCACAUUGCUCCAUGACUUUUAAACCAGCUCCAUUCUCUUCAGAUCCUCAGGUUUCCUGGUACAGUAUUCUGGGCUCUGUAGCAGGAGGAAGUUACAUGAAAGUGAAGUUAAAUAACAAUAAACUUCCCAAUGCAGGAGAAGAGAUACCAGCUGAUGGGAAGAGCCUCUUGGAAAUCCAAGGUUUAGAUGCCAAUGAGAAGUACAUUUUUGCAGUGGCAGCAUAUUCUUCUGAUGGAAAACUGAUUGGUGAUGCCAUUGGGGAAACAACUAAACCAAUCCUUGCUUAUCCACCUCUUCCUGCUACUACUGUUCGAGCCUAUCUGACUCAGGUAGCCUAUCAGACUGGCAACUACUUAUUAGCCAGAGAAGCAUUUUCACCAAUGUGGGAUUAUUUUGUUUCCAGCUCCUCUCCAGUGCCUGCCAAUGCAGCUGUUAUUUCUGCACAUAGCACUUUGACUAUAUCUGAAAAGAGGUUACAUUUUGAAGCUGUGUCUCGGACGUCUCCUAUUACCCUGCAGCUUUUCCUGAGGAAUAUAUUUGUUGUCUGUAACAUGAACAUCAUGGAAAGGAAACUCUUCUGUGAUUCCAUCUGCUCCAAUGAAAUACUUUAUAAGGAACAAGUUGCCAGAUUAGCAGAAUGUGAAAGAAUGACUGUGGCAAUUGAACUGAGCAAUUGGUUGGAUGAUGCAAGCUACAGCCUGCAGUCUGUUGUACAGUGCUAUGGUCUCCUUGCUCCAAUGAUUUAUCACAAGAUUUCCUCUGUGCCAGUAAUUCAGAUCCUCAUCAAGUGCUUGGCUGUCCUUCAAGAAAUUCCAAGUGCUGCUUUGCAGAGGAGGCAGGCAGGGUGUUAUGAGAGUAUUCAGCACAUGAUAGCUUGCACUUCAUUUUAUACAGCAAAGGUCCUACGUUCCUGGAGAGAAUAUGAACUAGCAGUAAUUAUUGUUAACUAUGGGAGAAGACUGUUGGAUUCUUCAGCAGCAGGCUCACCCUGCCUGUCACAAGCUCUGAAAACUGAAGAAAAACACAAAGAAGUUCAGACCACUUCUUCAAAGACUUCCCACUUAGCUGCCAUGGAGAAAGCAACAGAAAACCUAAGUGCUCUGGAAUCCAAUCUCCUCAGGCUGACAAAGCCAGCUCGGGGAUCAGAACUCACAGGACAAGAAGAUCCCUUUCUCCUCUACCCUGUGGUGUCGUGUUGGACAUCAAGCAGUGCUUAUCGAGAAGUGAUGAAAUUCAGGAAUAAACCACGUUUCCUGGAGUUUUUUGUUCAAGUCCUGCAAAAAGUCCUGAAUGAAGAGAAGUUUUGGUUCGUUCUGGAAUGCGCAGCAAAUGUGCAAGUUCACUUGAAAAGGAGGAACAAUCACUUUAUCAGCAGCAACAGAACUUCAACACCAGACAUCAGCUCUCCCACUCUGUCAGAGAGCAUGGAGAGACAUUCUGCAGGAGCUAGGAAGCUUCAGAAAAGCACAGUGACCUCACCUUCAAAGAAACCCGAGGCAUCAACUCUGAAGAAACCAAGGAGAGAAACCUUGAGUCCUAUUCACCACAAGCAGCAGUUCCUGAAUCAUCCAAGCUUGAAGUCUCCAGAAGCACAAGGGAAAGGUGAGGAAGAGCUGCUAAGAGUAGCUCGUCACAACUUAGUGGUGCUGCUGAAACCAGUCGUGAGAAAUUACUUGAACAGAAAGAUAUUUAAGCAAAUAUCUCUUGAAGAGAUGCCCUGGAGAGCUCAGAUGAAUAUCUGCCUGGCAAUUGCUCACUACCACUUGUUUAAAAGGAAGCUGGCUGAGCAAUAUGACACUGGGAUUUGUGACUCACAGCAUCUGAACAGUUACAAUAUUCUGGAUCCUGAAAUAUUCUCAUUAAGCAGUGCUGGCACUCUAAUGCUGAGAGAAGAUGUAGGAAACAACAUGAGAACACCAACUCCUCUUCCUCCUCCUCUUAAAGUGUCAAGAAUGACCAAAAAAAAAACCUUUAAAUCAUCUGGGUGCAGAGGUAAACUGAGCAGAAGUCAUACAACAGAUACAGAUGACUCUCAGUCCUGCACAGAGUCCCACCACUUCCUGCCUCAUGCCCUUUUACUGGAGCAUUUUGCAAAGAUCUUCUUGCAUUUAAGAAGAGCAGUGGUUCUUGCUCACCGUGGUGGCUACUGGACUCUGCUGCAAAAUGCUUGUCGAGAGCUUUGGAACUGCACUCAAGAAUUCCAGCUGCUGGCUAACCACUCACCUUUCCACAUGGAUGCACUUCCCAUUACCAGGGAUUUACUUAGAAACACCACCUGGUUGCCAUUUUAUCUGGCAGCAGACAUGAUCAUUGAUAUGAUAACUGAACUGCAAGCAAGCAGGUCUCUUAAGAUUGUGGAUCCUGAAGGAGACUUCUGCAUUCCCAGUUGUUUUGGAGGCAUUGCACAUGAGGAUGGUGGUUCCAGUCUCCAUCCACAACCACCCCUGGAUGAUGUGAAUGUGGUUGACUUGAGGUGGAUAUGUAAUCUGAUUCUUAAAACAAUAGAGUUGUUAUAUCAAAUGAAGAAGUGGGAAGCACUGGUACACAUAGCUGUACAAUUCAACAUACUGACACAUGAGAGAUACACAGAACAAGUCAGCCCAGUGCUGGUGUAUGCUCAGAGGCAGCUGCUGAAAAGGAUGAAGGAGUUCAGUGGCCCAGGCAGCCCCAAAUCUCACUUCAUACAGUAUCUCUCUGAUCAUGCACAGAAGAGGAGUUGCAGACAUUACCUAAGGCAGAAGUCACAGCUGCCUCUUGCCAAUUCUGCUAGUGAACAGAUUGCUCCUGGAUGCUUUUUCUCUCCUGAGAUGAAAACUGGUUACACAGAUCCCAGCCAAUCCAAAGCUCUAGUUGGUGUACCUCUUGAUGUGGAUGAUACGCUGAAAUGUUUCAGAGAAACUCUACACAAAUCUAAGUACCACAGCAGAGCACUGAGACACAGCAGAAAAAUGCUUUUGUUGUUUCUUGCACACACACAAGAAAGCGCUGUCAGAGCCAUCAGGAGUCACACCUCUUCAAAGAGAAGGCUGGAAUUUCACGUGGGAGCUGAACUGUUGCUUGUGCCAACUCCGCGUGACCUCUCUGAAGAAAAGUUUAUCUUCCGCUCCAUGGUUGAGAGAAAACCAAUCCCACGCUCACACCUGCCAGAGAUUAUCACUUCCUAUGAGCAAACAAUUGGAGUCCUUGAAACAAAUAAACUGAGAGAGCUCAAGGUUCAGGCUUUACAUGAACUUGGAAAUCUUCACUUCUAUGCUGGAAACAAAAGAGCUGCUUUUAAAUGCUGGUGUCAAGCCCUUGAUGAAACACUCAAUGUUGCUGAUGCUCUUAACCACUGGCAAGAGUUGGCUGGUCCAGAAGAUGCUACAGACUGCUUUGCAGUUGGGAGAUGGGCUGAUACGAGCCAGAAACUUCUUUCUCAGGCUGGAGUUUGGGGAUGUCUGCAUGCAGCAGUCUUAGUUGCUAAGAUAGCACAGCAUACAACCAGAGUAGAGAUGAGGUUAAGAACUAAAUACUGCUAUUUUUCUGCCGUACUUUUUAAGAGCCUGUUUGGAGCUUCUCUUCCUCAUCCAACAUCUGACUGUGAUUUUGCAGAGUAUGAAGCCACUAUGCUGGUUCCUGGCAUGGACUUGUUCUCCGAUCGCUACAGAGCUGACAUCUCUGCUGUAGUUGCAAGUCUGAGUUUCCUUAUGUUUGAGCUACAUGAUGCAAACCACAGUUUAAUAGUUUUGCCAUUGCUCACUUUAUACCAAUACUUGGUGUCUGAGCUUUGCAAGGAUCCAGUUAGGUGCAUUGAAGGAAGAAUCUUCAAGAUUAAAGUACUUACAGAUAUAGGAUUUUUCACAGAGGCCUUUCAUGAACUGUCUUUGCUUAACUGUGGAGAGAAAAUUCCAUGGAAAAUCCCUGCAGGAUACAGAAAAACUGAAGCAAUAAAGGCCUCCCAGAAAUUUGACUCCUCAGCAUCUCUCCUGACUGCUACAAAUUUACAGGUGCUGGAAGAUGUAUUUAAUGGGAGCCUGUCUUCAACAGUGCUGCCACUGUGCAGCCAACAAAUGCUCAAUAAAUUAACCUUAGCCAAAAUGCAUUUCAUUGUUUGCCUUGCUGCCACAAUAAAUGAGGCACCUGAGAAGGUGGAAAAACACAUCUAUUCUGCUGGUAACAACAGCUUGAAGGAGCCAAGCAGAAUUACAGCAGCAAAAGUCAAAGGUGAUGCUGCUAAGCAUUUGGGACAACAGGAGCAAAGAGGCACAACCUUGCAGCUUGUUGACUGUAAAGUUGAACUGAACAUGGCCAUGCUGAAGGGGAUUGUAUUGACAGAAGCUGAAGAAAUUCUCAGCCAUCUUGUGCAGAGCUUACAGGACAAAUACAAUGGGAAGACAUCUCAGUGUUCUGCUGAAGAUUUAGAGGCUCUUGUUGAGGCCAAACUUCAGCUUGCUGCUAUUUCUCAGCAAAGACAUCAAGCAGCUCUCAGUGUGGCUUUGGCUUUCUCUGCAAUUCGACUUCUCCAAGAAGCAAACAUUUUGAGGAGGGGAAUGGCACCUCCUCGAGAGAGAAGGAAGGGAGUGGAGCGCUUGGACUCCUUUGCUGAAGCUGCUGGACUGCCUCACUGUGGAACAGCAAGAGACAGGAUCAAUGCACGGCUGUGGCUGAGGUGCCGAGCGACGUUAGUGGCUGCGCUGCUGACACAAGCAGCUGGUGCUGCUUCUGUGGAAGAAAACACUGUGGCUGGAGGCAGAAGUGUGAUAAAAGAAGUAAUAUCAGAGGCAGAAGCCUUUGGUGAUGCUGAGACUCAGGCUGAAAUGAUGCUGCAAGCUGCUAUUUUUGACCUGCAAGAAAAAUGUCCUGUGGCAAGCAUUAAACUUCUCUUGCAGAGGAUCAUCACUUUACUCCAGGAAGAUACAUUUAUUUCCUCUGCAGCUUCUCUAACUCUUGUGAAGAGUAUUCUUCUUCUGGCAGAGCUACCAGCACUGCAAACAGCAGAGGGUACAGAACAUUGCUCUUCUACAGAGGAACUGUUGAACUUACUGAUCCGGGCACAUGAGCUUACCAUUAAAGCACUGUUUGUUUGUGGAGAACCUAUUGAACAGCACACAGAAGACAGCACUUUGGCUUGCCUGCUCCUGCCUGCAAAAAAUAUCUACUUGCCACACAUCAACUUGCUAGCCCAAGUCAAAAUGAGAAUUGGACAUGCAUUAGCUGAGAAAAGAGAAGAUCCACUGCAAUGGCUACGUGCUCUCAAGCAUUUAGAAUCAGCACUGAAGCUUUGCAGAGCAUCUGCAACAAAAAAAAUGGAUCUGGAAGAUGAAAUACUGGCUCAGCUAGGUAAAGUUGAGCACCAGAUAACUGAAGCAGGCAAUAAGGAAUCUCCUUGAGCUGUUGGAACUCUGAUGGAAGAUGUACAACUCAGCCAGCAAGAUGUGUGAGAAAUCAACUCUCUGACAUAGAAAUUGGUUGUAACCACACAUUAAUAUAGUUUGUUUUAAGAGUUUUCUGAUGUUUGAUGUGGAACUUCUCCUUUUAUAUGUUGAAUUGUCUUCCAUUGCUGCAUGGAAGAGCUACUGUAUGCUUAUUCCCUUAUUUGAAGCUAAUGCUGAGAAGAUUCAAAACCUAUUUUAGAGAUGCAGAUUUACAGCUUGCUGUUCUGCUUCCAACUUUGUAGCCUCCCUGUCAACACUCAGAACAGAGCUAUCAAUUAAACAGGGGUUUUAUUCAUAUUUCAGGAGAUGAGCAGUGGUCUGCCCCCUUCCAGAUAAUGGAAAUCCAACUUGAAAAGGUUAGCAGCCAGAAGGAGUCAGAACAGAGGCAGAAGGAGCAUAGGAAAUGUGUUUGUAACAGAUAUCAGGACAGUGACUUUGGCAUUAUUUAUCAGCAGAGGAGAUGCCUGAAGAGCUGAGCCAAGCCAGCCAAUAAAUACUGUCAAGGA